UGGCUCUAACUUGGGAUGGCAAAGAACAUAAAAUUAAAAGGUUGUACCAACCUACUGAUAACUCUUCCCGGAUGGCCCAUCGGCAGAACCUUAGUAAUGGCUGUCGGGAGUCAGUUGAAACAGUGGGCGAUCAGUUACUACACCCUCUUGGCUACUUGGAUUGGAUAAGAUGAUCUGAAAGAGGUUUAACCAAACAUUUCUUUUGCUUCUCACUGCUGAGUCAGUGCCCCAAGUGGUGCCCCAAGUGGAAAAAUGUGGCAAAAUUCAGCAUUUUCACCAGCUCCGAUCCAGCACCACCAGCAGCAUCAGAAGCAGCAACAGCAACAGCAGCAUGGAGUGAAGGAAUUGCGCAAGAAUUAGGCGUGCUAGACCCGUGCCAGUGUGAGACGGUAGCGAGUGUUUUCCGCUUGGGCAGGGAGGGGGGAGGGAAUCCGAGUGUGCCAGCGAAUUAGCGGGGGAAAACUGUGUUCCAGGACCAGCAGCAGCAGCAGCAGCAGCAGCAGCAGCAGCAGCAGCAGCAGCUCCACGAACGACCUCUCGCGAAAGGACAUCCUCGGUGGCGUGUGAGUGUGAGUGCGAGUGCGUGCGUCCGUGCGUGCGUGCGUGUAGUGGACGGAAAGUGCUAUGCAGUAGUGAAAAGGGCCCUCCUCGGUCGUACACGCCUGAAAAUGAAGUUAACACGAAUGCUGCCCGCGUCCUGCUGUUUGCUGCUGUGCCUGAUGAUACCGCAGGCCCUGCUGGCCCAGAAACCCACCGGCAGCGAAAGCCCUUCCUACUACAACAUCGGGGGUGUGCUGAGCAAUAACGAGAGUGAAUCCCACUUCGCUACCGUGAUUGCGCAUCUGAACUUUGACCAACAGUAUGUUCCACGCGGUACCACCUACUACGAUAAGACGAUUCGGAUCGAUAAAAAUCCCAUCAAAACAGCGCUCAAUGUUUGUAAACACCUGAUAUCCCGAAGGGUUUACGCGGUAGUGGUGUCACACGAACCGACCGGAGAUCUGUCCCCGGCGGCUGUCAGCUACACCAGCGGGUUCUACCAAAUCCCCGUCAUCGGGAUCUCGUCGCGUGAGGCCGCCUUCUCCGAUAAGAACAUUCACGUGUCGUUCCUACGUACGGUGCCUCCGUAUUACCACCAGGCGGACGUUUGGUUGGAAAUUUUGAGCCACUUCGGCUACACUAAGGUUAUCAUCAUACACAGCUCCGAUACGGACGGACGUGCCGUGCUGGGUCGGUUCCAGACGACAUCGCAGACAAACUAUGACGAUAUCGAUGUGCGGGCGACGGUGGAAUCGAUCGUCGAAUUUGAACCAAAGUUGGAUAGCUUUAGCUCCUACCUGAUGGACAUGAAAACUGCUCAAUCGCGUGUCUAUUUACUUUAUGCGAGCCAGGAGGAUGCGUAUGUAAUUUUCCGCGACGCUGCCAUCCACAAUAUGACCGAGUAUGGGCACAUCUGGAUCGUAACGGAGCAGGCCCUCAGUGCCAACAACACGCCAACCGGUAUCAUCGGCUUGAAGCUCAACAAUGCAGAAAACGAAACGGAUCACAUACGAGAUGCUAUUUAUAUACUCGCCUCGGCAAUUAAGGAAAUGACGGUGAAUGAGACCAUCACCGAAGCGCCAAAAGAUUGUGACGAUUCCGGAGCCAUCUGGGAGUCGGGCAAGCGAUUGUUUGGGUACUUGAAGACGAGAAACAUUCGGGGCGAAACGGGACAGGUGGCGUUCGACGAUAACGGGGACCGCAUGUACGCCGAGUACGAUGUUAUCAAUGUGCACGAGAACCAUUCGUUCGUAAAAGUGGGAAGCUUCCAUUACGAUUCGGACAAGCGUAAGAUGCGCCUCAAGAUAAAUGACAGCAGCAUAACGUGGCCAGGCAAUACGGGUAAAAAGCCGGAAGGUAUCAUGAUUCCCACGCACCUGAAGGUCCUCACGAUCGAGGAGAAACCGUUCGUGUACGCACGCAAGCUGCUCGACGACGAGAUUGACUGUGCGGAUGAUGAGGUGGUGUGUCCUCACUUCAAUAUCACUAACGGAAAUGAGCAAGAAUACUGCUGCAAAGGAUAUUGCAUCGAUCUGUUGAAGGCACUGGCUCAGCGGAUUAAUUUCACGUACGAUUUGGCCCUCUCGCCCGACGGUCAGUUUGGCCAUUACCAGCUGAAAAACCAUACCACCGGCAUCGGCACCACGGUGAAGAAGGAGUGGAAUGGGCUGAUCGGCGAGCUGGUGGCCGAACGGGCCGAUCUGAUCGUGGCGCCGCUGACGAUCAAUCCCGAGCGGGCCGAGUUUAUCGAGUUUUCCAAACCGUUCAAAUACCAGGGCAUUACGAUCCUGGAGAAGAAACCGUCCCGUUCCAGCACGCUCGUAUCUUUCCUGCAACCGUUUAGCAACACGCUCUGGAUACUGGUGAUGGUGUCGGUGCACGUGGUCGCGCUCGUUCUGUACCUGUUGGAUCGAUUCUCUCCGUUCGGCCGGUUCAAGCUGUCGAGCAACGAUGGCACGGAGGAGGACGCACUUAACCUCAGCUCCGCGAUCUGGUUCGCUUGGGGCGUACUGCUAAACAGUGGCAUCGGGGAAGGCACACCCAGAAGCUUCUCGGCGCGUGUGCUUGGCAUGGUGUGGGCCGGUUUCGCAAUGAUAAUUGUCGCCUCGUACACUGCUAACCUGGCCGCUUUCCUCGUGCUGGAGCGACCGAAAACCAAGCUGACGGGCAUCAACGAUGCGCGGUUGCGCAACACGAUGGAAAACCUUACCUGUGCCACGGUGAAGGGUUCCUCGGUUGACAUGUACUUUCGGCGGCAGGUCGAGCUGUCCAACAUGUACCGUACGAUGGAGGCCAACAAUUACGAUACCGCCGAACAGGCAAUACAGGAUGUGAAGGAUGGUAAAUUGAUGGCAUUUAUUUGGGACUCGUCGCGGCUCGAGUACGAAGCAUCGAAGGACUGCGAGCUCGUUACGGCGGGCGAGCUGUUCGGCCGUAGCGGUUACGGCGUGGGACUCCAGAAAGGGUCACCCUGGACGGAUGCAGUAACAUUAGCAAUAUUAGACUUCCACGAGAGCGGGUUCAUGGAGUCGCUCGACAAGGAAUGGAUCUUCCACGGGAACGUUCAGCAGUGUGAACAGUUCGAGAAAACGCCCAAUACGCUCGGGCUGAAGAAUAUGGCCGGUGUGUUCAUUCUGGUCGGUGCGGGUAUCGUUGGCGGCAUCGGGUUAAUUAUUAUCGAGGUGAUUUACAAGAAGCACCAGAUAAAGAAGCAGAAGAAGAUGGAGAUUGCUCGCCAUGCGGCCGACAAGUGGCGCGGGACAAUCGAGAAACGAAAAACGUUACGUGCUUCCUUGGCCAUGCAGCGGCAGUACAAUGUCGGUUUGAACUCCGUUUCCAAGUCGGUGUCGAGCCAGAAUACGGAGAAAACGCGCUACCCGAUACUGCCGCCGCUUCCCCGCACGCCGGAACGGGCAUGGCCCAAGGACAAGGAGUACAUCGUGAACCGGAAGAACAAUAGCGCGGCCGGGAAGCCGCCACCGCGCUACAUGCCCACUUACGCAACCGAUGUGUCUCACUUGAUAGUUUAAAACAAAACAAACAAAAAACAAACAAAUUAUCGGAGGGAAAUUUGAAUAGGGUCGGAACCGUAUCCAUCCACCCCACCGGUCUCCAAAUUGCGCCUAAUGAUGAGUGUAGCCAAACACUUUACUACCGUUAAGUAUCGUUGAUAUGAGGAAGAGGGGAGGGGGGGGAGAGUAGUAGUCAGGGAGCAGAGCUAGCAGACGAAAGAUAACCGAAGAAAACUCCAAUUCCGUGUGCGUGUGUGUUGUUCAAUACAGGUAAUUGUUUACAUUCGUUAGAUAAGUAUACACUUUUAAAACACUCUGCCGAAAGACGAUUCUUCCGCCUGUAUUGAAUGCCAAAGCCAAAGGAUUCGCGCACCACUCCAGUGCCGGCGGCAGCGUGCGUGCGUGCGUGCGUGCGUGCGAAGUGAGUGUGUGUGUGUGUACAAUCAUUUUAUGGUUUCCAUGUUCAAGCGCGUCUAUUGUAAGCAUGUUUUUGUACGCCCGUACACCGUUGUACACCGAGUUCUCCUCUCCCCGAAGCUCCCCCACUUGUAGCCGCAGGACAAGUGCAUUUGUAUCAGGUGCUAGUGAGUUAACUAAACAACUGCUUGUUUUCCAACGCCUCCAAGAGGCCAACCGUUUAACAGUCAGUGCUCGAAUGUGUUAACCUUAUGAACUGCCAACUUUCGGUUUUUCGUUGUUGUUGUGUCGGGUUGAGAAUAUAUUUUUGUGAACCAAGAAGAGGAACACGAAGGGACGAGGACAAAACGCGAACAGCGCGGGGACAGUGCACCGUACAUGUCCUGCAGUAACAGUAGUUGAUAGCCUAAACAGUCUCCCACAAGAAGCAAACGAGCAAACAGUACUAGCCAAAGGAAAAGAAAGUAAUUUUAUCACUGUUAGUUGUUAACAAAACGAUGAGGAUGAGGAGAAGGAUGAGAAGGAGGACGAAGGGGAGAAGAAAGACGAGGGAGAGGGGGGGGGUUGUGGGAAGACGAAACAAAACCAAACAAACAAACAAACAAAAAAACUUAACCAAGCUCAGUCAUUUGCACAAGAAGUAAUGCCAAAAGCAACAAAAAACAAAACCAGAACAGAAGUAGCUAAACGUACAUUAAACUAAAGGAAUAGAUGAUAAAAGUCUAUGUUUAAAAAAUCGUAACAUUAACAUUUUAAAAUGCCAAAACCCUUACUAAAAAAAUGCAAUGAUGCUAAACAUUUGUUAACAUGUAUAAGAAGAUGUGGAAACUUAGCGUAACAGAGAAAGCGAUAGUACGAGCGAGAACCAGGCAGGUUUGGCCAGGUUGGCAAACGAUAACAAAUAUACAGCCAGUCAUUAUAUUGAUUAUGUAUGAACAAAACUGAGUAAUAAAAAGGAAGAACAACAUAUUUGAAA